CGGUUUUCUGAAGGGCGUGGCCGUGGUUUCCUUUUGGAACGUGCGCGUCCCCGCCGCUGAGCGUGCGUGCCCUUGUGCCUUGAAGAAGGGUGUCGCGCGGGCGUGGGUGUGCCUGGCUAGCUUGUCAUUGUACACCGACGAGCGCGUGGUGGUACUUGUUAAUGUGAAGUGUUGACCCUCUCAAGCCAAAAAUGGAUCCUGAAAAGAACAGUGAGGUUCCUGAGAAGUUGGAGAGUCCACAACAGGAGGUGGAGGCGGCAGUGGUGACACAGCUGGAGGAGUCCGCUGGGCCUGAGAAGCCAGCAGCUGCUGACGAGGAGGAGGAGAAGAAGGAGCAGCCGGCGGUGAACGGCAGUGGCGACGCGGCCGCAAAUGACAACGUGCCUGUCGAAGAUGACUCACCCUGUGAAACUUCUGAAGCCAAGCCAACGGUGCCUGUCGCUGCACCGGAAGAACCAGAUACAGAGCCAGAGAAGCGAGACUUGGAGCCCGAAAAGGAAAACAAGCCGGAAACUGAGCUAGUGGCGCAGACGAUCCAGGAAGAGGCUGCGCCGCGACAGCUAGCGGAACCGCAGCCUCCCAGUCCGGAGAAAGUGGAGGCUGUAGCUGAAGCCCAACAAGAAGUUGUCAAAGAGGCUUCGACGCAAGAUGGUGGAAAGGGAGUUGAAGUGUCUGAGGAGAAGCCAGCUGAAGCCUCGGUGCAGGGGGAGGAGGUGAAAGUGGCUGAAACGCUGCCCCCUGCGGAGCCCAAGAAGGAAGGCGAGCUGGAAAAAACUGCGAAGUCAGGAGAUCCAACAAGCGGCGAACCAAGUGCCGCCGCCAUUGUUCCCUCUGCCGACUCCCUGGCGUUCCCUCUCCUUCAACACGAGAAGACCAAAGACGCUCUGCUCGGCUCUCGCACCCUCGUUGUCAUCAGGGGCCUCCCGGGAAGCGGCAAGACCUUCCUGUCCCGCGCCCUCGCCGACGCCUACAAGGAUCGCUGCUCCGUCUUCUGCGCCGACGACUACGCAGAGAGCGGCGAGUCCGGCGCGGACGCGCACAAGGCCCUCGACGAGGCGGUGGUGGCCUGCUGCGCCGACGUCCCUUCGGUGCUGGUGGUGGUGGACGACACCAACCACACCCUGGAGCGGCUGGCCCGCCUGGGCGAGUUGGCCCGGGAGCACCGGAUGGUCGCCGUUUUCCUGGAGCCGCGUACUGAAUGGUGCACGGACGCGGCGCACCUCGCCAAGGUGACCGGGCGCAAGCCGGCCGUCGUCACCGCCAUGAAGCGCCAGCUGGACGAGGUGCGCCUGCCGCUCUUCUUUGGCUGGUUCCUGCUGUCCCCCAUGCAGGAUCAGCUCAGGUCCAUGAGCAGCGACUUCCUGACCGCACUGGACGCCUUCAAGAAGAACGCGGUUGGCUCGUCUGUGAAAGAAGGCCAGGAGGUGCCUCUGGACCAGUACUUCCAACCCAAAGGAAGCCUCCACUGUACCACCAAAUUCUGUGACUACGGCAAGGCAGAGGGAGCCAAAGAAUAUGCAGAGAAACCAGCGGUCUCAGAGUUGUACGGCUCCGUGUUCGAUCUAAAAGUGAGCGCUCUUUUCGUCACGCCUCGCACCUUCGGCGCCCGCGUCCGCCUCACCGAGGAGCAGCUCGUGCUGUGGCCGGCCGACGCCGAAAAGGAGGCAGAGGCGUCCGUCCCCGGCGCCGCCGCCUUGCCGAUGGGGAGCCGCGCCCACAUCACCCUGGGCUGCGCGGCGGGCGUGGAGCCGGUCCAAACGGGCCUGGACCUGCUAGAGAUCCUGGUUUUAAACCAGGUGGAGCCAGUCACCGACUUGGAGCUGGGCUCGCUGCGCUUUUACGGCGAAGGGCGGUGGAUGCUGGAGCUCAAGGAGCCCAUGUGCGCGGCGGCGUGCUUCUCCAGCUUCUACAAGCGCAAGGGGCCGUCCCACGAGCAGGGCAAAAAGGAACCCAAGAAGAAGAAGAACUGCGCCAUUUUGUGAAGACAUGGGAAGGAGGCUUGGCAUGGGUUGGUUGCUUUAGUUCCAAUGUAGGGAAGCGUGUUAAGGGCUUCAAACGUAGCUAGCCGGAAUCUUGAAGUUAUGUGCCUCCUGCCCUUUUGCACUACGUAAAAUGCCUUCAGUCUAGUUCAUAUCGCUCAAUAGAAUUUCACCGUCGUUCACUCCGCUUUCAGUCUAGUUCAUAUCCUUCACUCAAGCCGCUCACGCAUAUCAGUAGCAGCCUUUCAGGACCUUUUUACGCAAGCAUCCUAGCUACUCUGUAACACAAGUGGAGAUCCUGUUAUACUUCCUUUGCACGCAUCCCAAUACCAGACUUGUAUUGUAGUAAAGCAUUCCAAACUGCUUUUUCCUCUUACUCGGGCUAGCUAGUCAUCGGGAAAAGUGAUUGUUACACUAGAAAAUAGUGCAAAGUUGUGCAUCUUAGCAACUUAUGAAUUAGAAAUGCCUCCUUACGUGUUUGCACUGUUUUGAAAGGGAGAUGGAUACAUUUGGCAUUCCACCCCUCCUCCCCCGCCCCGCCCCUUCAGAUGAUUGCACCUAAAAUGAACUUUGUAAAUCCAGUUUUGUUUUUUUGUUUUUUUUUAACUCACUUUAAGCUAUUAAUUUACAUUUCAAUGAACAAGGUUUGGCUUUUUGUUUUUUUUUUUUUUCUGUUUGGAUUGGAAGGCCAACUUUUGUGUGGCUCUUAUCAAUAUUUUUGCACUUGUUUUGUACACUUAAUAAUAAAAACCAAGAUCAUGUGUUGCGCCAUUAA